AUGGCAAACCAAACUCCGCCUACCUUGGAAGAUCAGAACUUCCAUUUUUGGUCCUCAGUCAUACGGGGCUACUCGUUCCGCGACGUCAACGUGGAGGUUCCGAUCGCCUGGAGCAAGUCGUACGUAUAUGUGACCGUUGACGGCUCGGAUUUCAACGGGUAUGGAUUGCCCUUCUAUGCGUAUCUCAACCGCGACCGCUCUGAAAUCGGAUGUUACCUGACUUGGCGAAAGGGCUAUGAAAAAGAGAAGCACAUCUUUGAAGAGAUCGUAGCGCCACUCGAAAGACUGCGCGGCGAGUUAGGCGAUGAUUUGGAGCCGUGGACCAACCACAACGGACAUCCGAGAGUCGGAUUCCGCCGUGCGACGCAAUUCCAGCUCCUCCAUGACUACGAGAACGCGGAAUACCGCUGCGCGGUUGCGUGGAUGCAAGAUCACCUGGAUCGCCUCGGAGCUGAGGUGGCGCAGUCGCGGAUUGAAUGGGACGAGAUUCCGAGCCCGGUUAUUGUGCGGGGGACGGCGGAGGUGGCGCAUCGGGAUCCGGCGAUGCACUACCACGACGGCGUGUUUCGGGUGUUCUACGGGCUGGCGCGGCUGAUCGAUCCGCCGGAGCAGGGGCGGGUGAUGUUUCAGCUCGCGGUGAUCCGGAGCACCGAUCUGAUCCACUGGAGCGAACCGCGUACGCUCACCCCGCUCGACGACGACCUCAACCUCACCGAUCCGGGCAACAUCGUGCGCUUUGGCGAUGAGUGGAUCAUGACGGUCGAGAACUACCGCACGCCGUUCAGCCCGUCCGGCGGGCAGGAGACGACGCGCUGCUGGCUGAUGCGCAGCACUGACCUGGAGACCUGGAGCGAGCCGGAACUGAUGCUGCUCAAGGGGCCGGCGGUGCCGGACGCGCAGAUGGGGCGCUGCAUCUGUCCGUGUCUGUUUCCCGACCGCCACGACCCCGGCAAGUGGUGGUGCACGUUCAAACAGGGCGGCUUUACCGUGGCGCCGGCGCACCGCCUGGCGUUCGGCGGCACCGACAUGCCGCGCCGCUCGCUGCUGCUGCAGAGCCUGAACCUGUCCUGGAGCUACGACCUGCGGCACUGGACCUGGUACACCCGCGCCGACAGCGAGGAGAGCUACUGCGUACUGACCGAGGAGGACGGCUACGUGCUGAUCGACUCGCCCGACAACGGCGUCGGGAUGAAGCUGUCGCCGGACCUGUUGCACUGGCACCAGAUUGGCCUCUACACGCUGGGGACAGCGGCGCUGGCCGUGGGCGCAGGGGCGGCUCAGCGGCGGGCAGGUGAUCGAUCUGCGCCACGUGCCCGAGGUGGGCAAGUACGUGAUGGUGUUCCACGGCUGCACCCCGGCGGGCAAGAUCGCCAGCAACGUGCACGGCGCCGCCAGCCUGGGCCUGGCGUGGAGCGACGACCUGGCCAACUGGUACUGGCCGCAAUGAGUGCGCCGCACGUCGACCUGGAGGCGAUUCCCGGCCCCAUCAUUCUGGCCGGCGACCAGCGCACCGCCUACCGCGAUCCCCUGCUCCACUAUCACGACGGCAUCUUCCGCCUGUUCUGCUCGGUGGUGAGCGCACAGCCCGACGGCCACGACCGCUUCCACGUCGGCGUGACCGAGAGCCGCGACCUGCGCUCCUGGGGACCGUUGCGCGCCGUCACCGAUCCCGCCGACCCGCGGAGCUUCUGCGGGCCGGGCGGCAUCGUGCACCACGACGGCCGCUGGCUGCUGUGCAUGAGCAGCUAUCCGCGGCCCAACAUCCACGACGCGCGCUGCUGGACCACGGCCAGCGCCGACCUGCAGAGCUGGCAGGAGCCACGGCCCCUGCAACUCAAGGGGCCGGCAGUGCCGGUGCGCGACACCGGGCGCGCCCUCGAUCCCUAUAUCUUCCGCGACAAGGACGACCCCGAGCGCUGGUGGUGCUGCUACAAGCACGGCGGCGUGCUGCUGGGACGCGCCCACGGCCUGGGCUUCGGCGGCACGCCCAUUCCGCCCGACGCGCUGCUGCUGCAGAGCAUGCAACUCUCCUUCAGCCGCGACCUGGAGCAUUGGACCCCGUACGCCCAGAGCGACGGCGAGGAGAACUACUGCGUGCUGGUCGACCAGGCCGCGGACGAGUACGUGCUGAUCCACUCGCCGGCCAACGGCAUCGGCAUCAAGCGCUCCACCGAUCUGGUGUCCUGGUACUGA